UCUGGUUCAGGAGGUUCUGGUCAGGGAGGAGGUUUUGGUCGGGUUCAGGAGGUUCUGUUCGGGUUGAGGAGGUUCUGGUCAGGGAGGAGGUUCUGGUUGGGUGCAGGAGUCUCUGGUCAGGUUCUGGUCGGGUCCAGAACCAGCUGGAAACUCUCUGCUGUUCAAUAAUUUAAUAGAAUAAAACCAGAACUUUCUUGGUUUAUUCUGAUACAAACUGAUGUUUUACAGUGAACCUCGUGACCUUUGACCUCUUUAAAGGGCUACAGUCCAUAUAAACUACGGAGUUAAGGCCCGCCAUCAUGGUCCGGUUUUAAAACCGGCUUGUUAGACGACCGUCUUCUUUAUUUUAUUUGUUUUUAGCUGCUUCGCGCAGCACUCAGAUUUUUAUUAAUGAAAAUGCGUCAGAAAUUAAAUAUGAUGCUGACAGUCGCUGUGACUAAAAUGCAGAAUAUCAACAAUUGUUUUCUGAAAGUUUCCUGAUUAUUUUCUAAAAUCUUCCAAAUGAAGGAUUAAAAGAAAGAUUUCAGAUCCGAACGGCUUCAGAACCGAGCCCAGAACCUUUAACUGUCUGGACCGGACCAGCCUAUUUAAAGGCUCCACAUGACCUCCAGGAUAAACCCAGAGGUCACGUUUCACUUCCGGGUCACAGCGCAGGAACGUUCACCGCUUAUUUAAACUAAAUCCGUUAAAACUUCAUUUAUGUGACAAAUUCAACUCAUUUCUUCCAGUUAACCAGUUAAGAGAACAGAAGCAAACUUCCGAGUGGCCUCUGACGUCAGCGCCGUUAUUUAUACUGUGUGACGUCACUCAGCGGCUUAAAAACACCAGGAAGCUAAGAGCUAAGCUAACAGGCUCGGAGCAGGCUGCCAGCGGAGCGAACAGAACCGUACUGAGGUCCGGCAGCGGCCGCGUGCCGCCUGGUGAGCAGCGAUCAGAACCGGUUCCGGUUCCGGACCGGUCGAACCCCCCAAAGCCCGGUUCAGAAGCUUCGGUACCUUCAGACCUGUUGAGCCCAGCUGACAGCGGACACGUCCAGUGACAGCAAGCCCCGCCCACCGCUGCAAGCUGGCACCUGCGGCUGCCAAUCAGAGUCCAGAGUCGUUCAGGGACGCUGGCGGCGGUGGGAAAAAUGAGUUUCUCCAGAUCAACAGGAAAACGAACGGUCUCUGUCGGACAUGAAGCGUUCAGGAACACGAGCAGCGGUGGGGAAAAUGAAAACCAGCGAUCCUGCUCAGCAGCAGAAGCGUAUGGUUUAUCUGAGGAGACGUUGAUGGCCACCAGGAUUAUUUAAAUCUGAGUGUUUCUCGGCAGAAGCUGCUGAUGAUGCAGAAAAUAACUUUUCUUCGCUUUUGCACUCAGUUACUUUUCACCCAUUUCCAGUCCUUGAAUGAGGCGGAGGCAGUAAGCAGAGCUUUAAUAAAACCAGCAGGAUCUGUGGUCCGACCCAUGUUACAGGUCACUGCGGUGACCUCUGACCUCUACUGAUUCAGAUGGACAGAAACAAGAGACGUAACAUUAGAAAGCAGAAGUUUUUGUUUUCUGCUGAACCAGCAGAUACUGGUGCUGCCUUCAGGUGGUCCUGUAAACAGCAGCUGUGUGUUUUCCCAGCCGAUAGCAGCCGGGUUGUUCUGUUCGGUUAAUGAUCCAUCCGACCUUCAGAACCAGUGUGUGUGUGUGAGUGCACACACACACACACACACACACACUGAUGCAACAUUCAUUAAAUUUUAUCCUGGGAAAGAAUUUAAUUCAAUUUUGUUUUAUUCUCCAUUUUAAUUAUGUUUAUAUGCGUCUGUUUUUAAUUUUUUAUUUAUUCUUCACUCAUUGUUACUUUUUACUUCACUUUUGCAAAAAUUGAUCAACAAAUCUUUUCUCGGUUCUCAUUUUUAGUCGUGGACAAAAAGGGCCAAGUUAAUUCCUUCAUCAGUAAAAAUAAUAAUAUUUUAGUUGUCAGCCGGCAGCAGCUGGGCUGGAGGUUUUUCCAGGGGAUUCUUCCCUCGUGGCGCAGACCUUUUUCCGUGUUCUUGAUUUUCCAGGUACAGCUCAGUGCCUUGGUUCUGGGAGACGCAUGAGGUCACAUCAUGAGGGGUCAUCCGGUGUGGCGGCGUCGUGUUUCUGAGCUGACCUGAACGCCCCACCAGGUGAUAUAAAGCAGGAGGUUCUGCAGGAGGAAGACGCACAUCAUGAUGAUCCACCUGGUUCUGUUCGGCCUGGUCCUGCGGUCCGCUGCAGCUGCGAAGCUGGGCGUGGUCCAGACUGAGGGCGGUGCUGUGGAGGGGCUGAACGUUGAUACAGGUUUCUUCCGGACGGUGGAGGAGUUUAAAGGCGUCCCCUUCGCUGACGUUCCUGGGAAGUGGGAGAAACCUAAACCUCAUCCUGGUUGGGACGGAGUUUUAAUCGCCACAAAGUUCAGGGAGCGCUGCCUGCAGGUGACGCUGUUGCAGACAAAAACCCAGGGCAGCGAGGAUUGCCUCUACCUGAACAUUUUUGUUCCACAUGGACUGUCCGUGUCCACCAACCUCCCAGUGAUGGUGUACCUUUUCGGAGGAGCCUUCCUGCUGGGAGCGUCCAAUGAUGUGGAAGCCUUCGGAGAGUCUCUUUAUGAUGGGAAGGAGAUGGCCGACAGGGGGGGGGUCAUUGUUGUCACGGUGAACUACAGAGUUGGUACUCUGGGUUUCCUCAGCUCUGGAGAUGAACGACUGCCAGGUAACUAUGGCCUAUGGGACCAGCAUGCCGCCAUCUCCUGGGUCCGCAGGAACAUCCGGGCCUUCGGAGGGAACCCGGACAACAUCACCAUCUUUGGCCAGUCAGCCGGAGCUGCCAGCGUCAACUUCCAGAUGCUGUCCCCUUACAGUAAAGGGCUGUUCCGCAGAGCCAUCUGUCAGGGCGGCGUGGCCCUCAGCCCCUGGGCCCUCCAGAAGAGCCCCAUGGCGCUCACUAGAAAGAUCGCUCGUAAAGUCAACUGUUGGCAAACCGAGGAAGACGACAUGUUGGCCUGCCUGAAGGCCGUCGACCCCAUCAAGCUCACCAUGGCUGGGAAAAUUAACCUGCUGGAUAUUUUCGGGAAAGAUCCCGUCAUGGACCUGCUCCAGCUCGCACCGGUGGUUGAUGGUGAUUUCAUCCCAGAUGAUCCAGGCAAGCUUUUUCACAACGCGGCUCAGUUUGACUACCUGGCAGGUGUAAACAGCAUGGAUGGACACAUAUUUGCUGGAAUCGAUGUUCCUUCAAUCAACAACAUGAAAGAAACCACGACAGCAGACCAGGUCAAAGGUCUUCUGACUGGCCUGACUAAAGACAAGGGGGAUGCCGCCGUCUCCUCGGCCUUCGACGUCUACUCCGUCCACUGGGGUUUGGCUCCAGAUCCGGCCAUAGUAAAGAAGACAGUAGCCGACAUUGAGACAGACUUCCUGUUUCUGGUCCCGACCCAGGUUGCCCUCCAGCUCCAUGCCAACAACACCAGCGGCGCCAGUACCUACUCCUACCUGUUCAACAUGAAGACGCGGAUCCCGGGCUUCCCGCGCUGGGUGGAGGCGGAGCACGCAGAGGACCUGCAGUACCUGUUCGGUAAACCGUUCUCCCUCCCGCUGCUCUACUUCCCCCGACACAGAGACCUCUCCGGCUACAUGAUCGCCUACUGGACCAACUUCGCCAAGACCGGAGACCCCAGCAGAGGCAACAGUAAGGUCCCGGUUCUCUGGCCCGCCUUCACCAAGUACCACCAGCCGUACCUGGUGAUAAACAACUCCAUGAGCAAGUCCUCCGUCAGCUACGACCUGAGAUCGUUUUACGUGAAGUUCUGGACUCAGACUUACAGCCAGCUGCCGUCUGUAGGGACGAUGGAGGAGAAGAAGAGUAUCCAGACAGAUGAAUGAGAUAAUAAAUGAAUAUGAAACCU